AUGGAUCUUAGUAUCGCUACGGUAAUUAACCCGUUUCGCGAUUGGGUUAUUAAAAAGAAAUCGACGUUGGGACCCAUUGCUGGUGCAGUAGCAGUCCUUUGGAUCGUCUCGCGUUUGAGAGCACAUGCAAAAGCUGGUUCCAACAGCAGCAAACUACCUUCUCCAAGAUUUGCUCUUCCUUAUUUUGGCCAUCUUUUCAGCUUGGGUACUAAUCUUCCAAAGACGUUUGCUCAAUGGCAUAAGCAAUAUGGACCCAUUAUCCUUAUCCAAACGGGUGUCAAGCAAAUGGUGAGCAUCUCCGAUCCCUUUAUUGCACAUGAAGUGCUUGGUACCAAAGGUAGUCUGGCAUCCAACAGGCCUUUCGACAAGUUCAUGACCAAGAUUUACAGCAAGAAUGGAAGAGGAGUCAUCUUUGCCAAUACCAAUACCAAAACAUGGAGGAGGGCACGCGCCAUUGCUACCACCGUUCUCGGCCCGAAUAAUAUAAACAAAAGGCUCCCGGAGAUGUGCAGUGACGCCGAUGAGCUGGUUGAGCGCCUUGCAACAGGGAAUAACAUUGAUCCAUCCCAAGAUCUUUUACUUUUGUCGCUCAACUAUAUGACGCUCAGCUGUUUUGGUAAACGCACAACAUCGACCAACGAUCCUCUCUUCAAGAAAACGGUGUAUCUUGUGAAAACAGGCGUACAUUUCACUAAUAUCAAGUAUACCAUCAGUGGAUACCUACCAGUGUUAUCGUUUAUUGAUGGCUUGAUUGGUGGCGAAAAGCAGUACGCAAAGCAUAUUGAAACCGAAAAUGAUGCAUGGUAUCGAGAAUGGAUCAUGGAGGCCUAUAAGGAUCGCAAAGAAUGCAUAGCAACAGCGUUGAUGGAAUCUGUGGAAUCUGGUGAAAUUGAUGAACUCACGGCCAUCGUGACCAUUUCUGAUCUCGUUGGUGCUGGCAUGGAUACCACGGCUGUGACCCUCGCGUGGGCAUUUGGCAUCUUAUCGGUAAAACCAGAGGUUCAACGCAAGAUACAACAAGAGCUCGAUCACUUUAUUGAAACCCAUAAGCGGAUGCCGAUGUUUACUGAUCGAGACCAAUUCCCAUAUAUGAUCGCUGUGCAGAAAGAGUGUAUGCGUUUUCGACCCACCACACCACUAGGAUUGCCACAUGAGGCAUCUGAGAAUAUUGUAUGGAAAGACAAAAUCAUUCCCAAAAGCGCAUCGAUCGUAACAAACAUGGUUGCUAUGCAUAUGAAUCCUGAUGUGUAUCCUGAGCCACACGUCUUUCGACCCGAACGCUUCCUUGAUAAAACAGAGACAUUUACAGCAUCAGCCAAAUCGAAAAUCGAGGAUCGUGAUCAAUACAACUUUGGUUGGGGAAGACGUUUAUGCCCUGGAAGCUAUUUGGCUGAAGUCCAUCUAUUCAAUGUAUUCUCGCGCGUGUUUGCAAAGUGCAGCAUUGAGCCUCGUUUGGAUGAUGGAGGUAACCUUGUGCCUUUGGAUCUUGUAAGCUUUCUCCCACUACCAGAAGUAGUGGUUAUUACUGCACCUCCUCCAUAUCAAGUCCGUUUCGUGCGUCGUAAAGAAGAAUAA